AUGAACAACCAUGGACCCAGUCACGUCCCCGGUACGCAGCCAAAUUUCGGUUCACACCCACACCCGAACUCCUCCACAUCAUAUGGCCAUCACGUUGACAGCGAAUCGGGGCCUCGCAAGCAUGCACAAUUGACUGACUAUGAGACGCAAAUUUUUGUCGCCGCCUGUGAGACCGUCAUCGCUGACGAACAUCGAAAUGGGAAGUGCUUCACCAAAUUUGGAUGGCAGACAUUGGUUCACUUAUUCAACACCAACUCCGGCCACAAUUGGAGUAAGCAGCAGCUAAAAAAUCGAUGGGAUGCACUCCGCUUGAAACACAAGAGAUUCAAAGAAUUGAUCAAUAGCAGUGGCGGUGCGUACGACACAUCCACUGGCUUGAUCAAUGCCUCGGCCGAGUGGUGGGAUCGAAAGACGAAGGAGAGGAAAGAGUACAAGGACAAGGAUUGCCGCGAGUUGUACCGAUACAAGAAUGCCAUGAUCGUUGAUUCUGCUGAUGGAAACGAAUCAGGGCCUCGUAAGCAUGCACAGUGGAUAGACUAUGAGACGCAAAUUUUUGUUGCCGCCUGUGAGACCGUAAUCGCUGAUGGACAUCAAAAUGGGAAGUGCUUCACCAAAUUCGAAUGGCGGACAUUGGUUCACUUAUUCAACACCAACUCCGGCCACAAUUGGAGCAAGCAGCAGCUAAAAAAUCGAUGGGAUGCACUCCGCUUGAAACACAAGAGAUUCGAAGAAUUGAUCAACAGCAGUGGCGUUGCAUACGACACGUCCACUAGCUUGAUCAGUGCCUCGGUCGAGUGGUGGGAUCGAAAGACGAAGGUACCGUCAUAUACUCAUCAGUAA